CUCGCUUCGAUUCUCGAGCUCGGAUUCUGCUUCUCCCGCCACAAAAGAGGAGAAGCGCGCGCGCUCUCUCCGAAGCCGAUCGAGGGUUUUUCGCUUCCGACCUUAGGGUUCGUUUCCGAUCCUUUAUUCAGGUAAAAAUUAGGGUUUCAAAGAGUUCCCCCUUGGAGCUCAAUGGAAGUUUAGGGUUUUGGUAGAUCUCCUGGGAGGUGAAAAUGGCGCCUUUAACUUGGAGGCACCAUACCCUUAUACAAGCCUUGUUGAGCCGUGGGCCGUUAAUGGAGGAGGAGUUCCAUGAGAUGUUCAUGGGCAUCAGCGGAAAAAACCCAGUCAAUAAUAAGCAGCUAUUCAACGAUGUUCUUCUCAAAAUUAAUAAGGAGCUGGCUUACGUGCAAUUCGAGUUGCGAGCAUGCAGAAACCAGUAUGAUGGGAAGGUUUACUAUGGGGUGAUAAAUAACGUUGCUGAUGAGCAGUCAAAGCUCGGGACGAAGUAUUCAGUUCCGCAGAUUGCAUUCUACAAGGGUGUGAUAGAAGCGAUAAUUCAGGAUGCUGGAACUGAGGGCUGCGUAACCAAUAUUGAGGCUCUUAACAUCCGGCUUGAGAAUCAGGUUCCUGCUGGGCAGAGUUCACAGGAUAGUCAAUCUCGCAUUCCUCCUGCAUUUAGGAACUUUACAAUGUCUCAAAAGGAGAAAACUCUCAAUGAUCUCAUACAAGACCGAUGGCUAUCGUACACCUCUAGUGGGAAAAUUGGUCUUGGCGUAAGAUCUUUCCUUGAUCUUCGAAGUUGGUUCCGCAGCAAUGAUGUCCCUUCUUGCAAUGUCUGCAAUGAAGCAGGUGUUAAGGCCUCUACAUGUCCAAAUGAAGGUUGCAAUAUUCGAAUCCAUGAUUACUGUUUAAAGCAGAAAUUUUCUCGGCGGAAGGGUUCAAGAGCCUGUCCGGGUUGCGGCGCCGAAUGGCCCCAGUUGGAGUGCGAAGAAGAAGAAAAUGAUGCGAACGAACCCGAAGAAGAUCCGGCGGCUUCUCCUAAUCCCACUACAAGGAGGAGACUGAGAAGUUCUGUAAAAGCUGAAGCAGUGGAAGGAUCCAAAAGCCAAGGAGGAGCUUCUACUUCUUUGUCAAAGAAGAGGCUGAGAAGCUGUAAAAACGAGGCGGUGGAAAACGCGACCCAAGACACUUCGUCAGUUUGUCCAUCGCAACCGCUAAGGUCUUCUAAUCGAAGGAAGCGCUAACCUUAGAAUUUGCUAGUUCACUUACUAGCUUUUUUUAACUUCCUUAUAUUAUUGUUAGGUAUUCUAUAGCUUCCUUUUGGCUGCUUCAUCUUUUGGGCAAAAUGGAAUCACCAUAUGUAUCAACAGUUUGGAUUUAUGCUGUGUUUGCAUCAAUUUUUGGGUGUUCACCAGUGUGUAGAACCAUUAUCCAAUCUAGUGUUCAAUGCUUCUUUAGUCUUUCGCAAUCAUUGUAUAAAGCUUUUCAGUUUUUGAGAGUAAGAAGCAUGGAUUGUGGAUAUUCUGGAUAUGAAUGAUUUAUGCAAGCUUUUAAACCAAAA